AUGCACGGGGGCGUCCACCGAGAUGUGCGGAGCAGCCAAUCGCAUGAACAUCAAUCCGGGCAAACUAUUCCGGCAAACCCGUUCCCAACAGCGACGAAGGAGUUGCCGUUCUGCGCUAACACGAGUCUGUCCAUCGGUGCCCGCCUCCACGACCUCAUUGGACGCCUCAGUCUUCAGGAAAAGGCCGGUCUCAUUGGCCCUGAUCCCGUCACCAGCCCAUGUGCCUUCCUUGGCGAUGGCGUCAAGAGGCUCGACAUUCCGCCGUAUCUGUAUCUGGUGGAGACGAAUACGGCCGUUGCCGCUGCGUGCAUCAGCCAGGACAAGUGUGCCACCACCUUCAUUGGCCCCACAGGGUCUUGGCGCAGCCUUCAACCGAGGGUCAUAUCCACGGAGAUGCACGCCUUCAACAAUCUCAACUGGCACAGGCGCGGCGGCGUCUUGCAGAAGAUCGGACUCGCAGAUCCCUUCUUGAGCGGCGAGGAUGCUGCUGCUUACUUGGCCGGCUGCCAGAACGGCCCAGACAGAAAGUACAAGAAAAUGGCAGCAGGUCUCAGGCACAUUGACGCGUACUCGGUCGAGACAAACCGCAUGGCAUUCAACCGGAACAUCUCCACCUUUGAUCUCUGGGACACCGAGUUACAAGCGCGGGCACUCACUGCCAUGUGCUCGUACCCCAACAUCAACGGCGUGCCCUCUCCGUGUGCGAACAACAUGCUGCUCAACGACGUCGUGCGCAGGCAGUGGAAGCGUGACAUGACGCUGAACGGCGGCGCGGACAUGGAGCUCGGGGAGGCAUACUUCACCACAAACGGCUACUUGGAGCAGGCUGUGAAGCACAACCGCACGACAAGCGACACGGUGAACAACAACGCCGUGCGCCGGACAUCGAUGAGUGCACGGUCUGCGGAUUCAAGUCUCACCUCCAGUAACGGCCGCUGCAUCAGCGAGUGCCCCGACGAUGGCGAGUAUGAGCUCAGCAACGGAUGUGCCAAGUGCCACUCCACCAGAUGCCACCAACUGCCUCCUGUGCGACGGCAAACUCAUCAGUCGCGCAUUGCCGAUUGCCCUCUCAACUACUACGCCAAGGACCACCGCUGCGUGCCAUGCACUAGGUGUGGCAUGGGCACCUGGGCCUCCACCCCAUGCUCCUUGUCCUCCGACACCGUCUGCUCCCCAUGGACCGAGUACAAGCCUGGCCAGAAGGAAUCUGUUUCUGACAACGCCGUGCGCGACCGCGCAUGCGUGAGCUGCACCCUUUGCGUGUGCGAGGAGCCCUUCAUCGAGACCAUCCCGCCCACGCUCACCACGGACCGCCUGUGCUCCUGCGACACGCUCACAUGCAACAAGCUCGUCACGCAGUUGUUUGAGGAGAUGGUGCGUGCCGAGCACACGGACGAGCAACUCGACGUGGUGCUUGACGUGUGCAGCUCCGACCCGGGCGAGGAUGGCAUCCGCGACACCAUUCGCCAGAAGGCACGCCGCCCCUGCCCAGGCUGCACAGACACGUGCGAGUGCAGCGCUGGCUUCAUCCUCGUCUACGACGCCGAUCCAGCCGACCGUCGGCCGUGCGACAGCGUGACGGAGUUCUCCCCAUCCAUUGGCGGCAGCAAAUGCGAGCUCAUUGAGGAGUGCGAGCGCGGCCAGGAAGAGGUCUCCGCGCCAACCUGCUGUUCCUCGGACCGCGUGUGCCACGACUGCUCGGCCGGCACCAUCGACGAGGACAGCGACGCUUCACCUGCCGCACCGGCUCACGACCACCACGACAGCGACCCCGCCACCGUCGACGAGGCGUGCCGCUCCGUCAUGCAGUGUGACCCGGAUGAGGAAGAGAUUCGCUAUGCGAACCCACACGCCAGCACGACCGCCUCUGCCGCAAAGUGCGUCCAGGACACGUGCGUGCCCGUGUCGCGUUGCGCGGCCUCAGAGUACAUUUCCACGCAUGGCCGUGAGCAAGCGCCCACGCUCGACUCUGACAGCGAGUGCACGGAGUGCUCCGAGUGCCCCAGUGGUCGUUUCGAGAUUCGCGCCUGCUCCGCGCUGGAGGACGUGCAGUGCGCCGGCUGCUCCGCGUGCCCGCCAACCACAUACAUCCUGCGCGCCUGCGACUCGGGAGACCGAUGUGUCGUGCCAGCAUACUGCAGCGCGCCAUGCACCGCCAUCAGCGACACGGAGUGCACGACGCUCGGCGUGUGCCACCAGGACCAGUUUGAGCUGUUCCCCACCGCCACGCCGACCACCGACCGCAUCUGCCGCGACCUGACCCAGUGCAACCCGUCGACGGAGUACGAGCGCACCGCCUGUGCCACCUCAUCGCCAAGUGCGACCCUUUGCGAGCCGUGCCCCAUCGGCACUAUCGACCACGACCGCAACCCGCUCACCGCCUGCCUGCCGUGCCCUUACGGUUACUAUGUGCCUGAGGGCUCCAGUGGCUCCUGCGAGCAGUUCCUGUGCCCAGCCGGCACCCCCGACCUGGACCGCAACCCCAGCACACGACGUGUUGGCGUGGACUUUGCCGCCCUCUCUGGCCAGCGUGAUUGCACGCCUGUGCCGGAGUGCGACCUCGGCUACGAGGAGGUGGUGCGCCCUACUAUGCGCCCCACCAUCUUCACCGACCGCCAGUGCCACCGCUGCAUCGAGGGCUGGUUUUGCCACCACAGCAACACGGAUGUCUGCACGCGCGUGUCGCCCUGCGAGCCUCGCUCGUUUGAGACGGCUGCGCCCACCAUCAGCACGGACCGCGAGUGCCAGAUGGGCCACACGUGCCCCAACAACACCACGUUCAUCUCACGCCUGCUCACGCCCACGACGCAGAACCACAGGCAUCUACUCGCCUACGAGCUCGUUGCGCCGUCGCUGGUCAACGACCGCGAGUGCCAGCGCGUGCGCUCGUGCCAGAGCACGGAGUGCGAGCGACGCAGUUUGAAGCGCUCCCACCCUGCGUGUGUGCCUGCGUACUCUGUCUCGCUCGACUUUGACGCCAAGUUCAACGCCCAUGCCGGCACGCAGUCGGGUCGCGAGGCGUUUGAGGCCGCGCUGGGCUCCAUCAUUGCCACUGUCGCCUCCCUGAACGAGGACUUAACGGCUCGCCUCUUCAACCGGUCCGUCUCUGGCGACAUCACCGUCAUGGGCUUCACCGCGUCAAAGUGCAAGGCCGACGAGACAACAACAGCAGCCACCAUCAUCGCACCUGUUGUGAUCGAGUGCUGCCAGUACACACCACCCUCACCUCCCACAUCUUCAUCAUCAUCCCAGCACUGCUGCCACCACCACGAGCAACGGCAACAGCCACGCAUGGCUGUGUUGCACCUCUACCUCUGUGUCAGCUGAAACGUCCC